AUGCAAUACCAGCCGGCGGGGCCGCCGGCCGCCGGGCCUCCCCUGUACGCGCCCACCCCGCUGCUGCAGCCGGUGCACCCCACGCCCUUCUACAUCGAGGACAUCCUGGGCCGAGGGGCCCCCGGGCCGCCCCCCCCGCCCAGCCUGCCCUCGCCCAACUCCUCCUUCACCAGCCUGGUGGCCUCCUACCGGAGCCCCGUCUACGAGCCCACCCCCCUCCACCCGGCCUUCUCCCACCACCACCUCGCCGCCGCCGCCGCAGCCUACGGGGCCGCGUCCUAUGGCGCGUCCGCCGGCAGCCCGCUCUACUCUUUUCCCCGCGCCGUCGGCGACUACCCGCACGCCCUCCUGCGCCACGACCACCUGGGGAAGCCGCUGCUGUGGAGCCCCUUCCUGCCGCGGCCGCUGCACAAGCGCAAGGGCGGCCAGGUGCGCUUCUCCAACGACCAGACCAUCGAGCUGGAGAAGAAGUUCGAGACGCAGAAGUACCUCUCCCCGCCCGAGCGGAAGCGCCUGGCCAAGAUGCUGCAGCUCAGCGAGAGGCAGGUGAGAGAGAGACUGCUGUGGAGCCCCUUCCUGCCGCGGCCGCUGCACAAGCGCAAGGGCGGCCAGGAGAACCCUCAAGCCAGCAAAAAAGAAGAACCAGAGAGUGGGGACAGCCAUCAGGAUCCGAGACAAGAGAGCUGUCUAAGCUCUGAGCCAGAUAAGGAGGUGUCGCCCAGCCUGCCACGGUACACCCCCUCACCUGCUUCCCAGGAAGAGCUUGACUCCGAGGUCUCUGAUGAUUCUGACCAAGAGGUGGACAUUGAAGGUGACAAGAGUUAUUUCAAUGGUCCCAAUCAGUAG